AAAUCUGGUAGAGGAACACAAAAACUGUAAAUUACGAUACCUAAAUCAGGGUUCAAAAAUUCCACUUGGAAUUGACCUCUUGUGUGCCAUGGAUCCUCCAGUCUUGCAGUGUUAAGUAACUGUUAGAUCCAGUCUAGUAAAGUAGGACUUUUUGAGCACUAGCUGAAAUUAACCACAGGUUGUCCAAGCCUGCCUUCAGAAAACACUUCUGUCAUAUUAGGCUAAUCAAAUCCUACAUGGAGAAGUUCUCAGAGCUGACAAGUUUUAGAUUCAAUGAAAUUUAAUUUUGGUCAUGAUGAUGAAAUAUUCGUAGUUAACAGACUUGUGCACAGUGUAAACAUUUGGCUUGGCUGAAAUGAUUCUUCCAAAAAAGAAAUUUAAUUUUCAAAUCUGAAAUCUAUCCUUGUUUCAUUUUGGAUCAGACAAAUUUUGACCGUGCAAUAGUCUGGGGAAAAACAGUUUAGACCAAAAAAGGGGGGCAACAAUUGGCCAAUUUUUCACUGCUCCUCUAUUUUUUCCUUCUAUUGGUCACUUCUCACUUUAACUAAAAGCAACAUUUAGUGGCUGUACCCUAAUCAUUAAUCAUCUUUUUUCCCCAUUAGUUUAUUUUCUUUUGGUGCCAUAGAUAGAACUUCGAAUUAUGAAAAAAUAAUAGUUUGUCCAUUGUCCGUUUUGUGAGGCGGUCAUAUGGCAAUAUGAAGUUAUAAAGUUCAGAUGACCCACCAGUUGCCCAACAUUCAGAAAAAUCGCUGAUCAUUUAAAACCAAAUGCACAGGUUUAAUAGUUAGUCAGCAGCUAAAGGCAGAACAAAUGGUACAUAGUUACUGCUGCAUCCAGUGCUCAGAGUCAGGGAUCCACAGUAUUCUCUUAAGGUAUUACCAUAGUGCUGCAAUAAACUGUAGCAGUUCAAAUCCAAUAUUCAGAUGCACUUUAUUAAUACCUCACCAACAUACAGAGGGGUAUUUUAGUAUUGUCAGUUUUUUAUUCAAUUUUGAACUUUACUAACAUAAGAUUAUUUCCUUUAUUUUAAAGUCUGAACACCACCAUGUUUGAAAAACAGUCUCUUCUCCUGCUGAUAGCUAUUUCCCUGACUUGUAAAGCUCAGCAAAUUGAUAAGUGUGCUGGGAUCCCAGGUCUUCCUGGCACUCCAGGUGUGAACGGGGUUCCAGGCAGAGAUGGAAGGGAUGGCAUAAAGGGAAAUACUGGAUUACCAGGUAAAUUUAGCCAUAUUUCAUGCAAACUAGUCUGCAGGAAAAUAGUAAUAUAAACAUCAGUCAUUGAAGAAACAAUUAUCAUAAAAAGCAAAAUUCAUAUUUAAUAUAUACAAACAUGCAGUUUAAUUGUUUGAGCAAUUGGCCAACACUGGUGUUUGCCAAAUUAAGAUAUACUCUGCUUGCUGCACCCUUUUAUUAACAUGUUCAUUUUAUAAAAAAUAAAUAUAUUCAAAAUUGCUGGUAAUUGUGGGUGGUUUCAUUGAAGUAGUGAAGGGUGAAGAAGCCCUGACAAGUUCUAACCCUCAAGUUGCUGAGUUUUCUAUAGAUACUAUAAAGAUACUAUGACACGUAUCUUUUGAGACAAGUAACAAGGCUUCCUUACCAUUCUGGCUUUGAUUUGGUUUUUAAUCAAUUUCUGUAUAUACAAUUAUACACAAGCAAGUUCUGAAUAUUGAUGAACAUGCAAUUUAGGUUAGAAAUAUUUGAAGGAGCUGGGCAUAUAGUGUGGUGUUUGCAAACAAAACCCCUACAAUAUAUGCAAUCAUUCACUCAGUUCUCCCAACAUUCAAACAUAACCUAAAGCCUUAACACACACCACCCACAUAGAUUAUUGCCAUAAUUCACAUCCUACCCAGACUUACCUUAUUAUUCACAAACGAAUCACAAUAUUCACAUACUGACAACAUUAUUUAAACAGCAUUCACACACAGCUUUUUACACAAAUUCUACCAUUUACACACAUUGAUAUAUCAUUAUAAUAGUCAUUCUUGCACAACACUAACAGACUUCCCAUCACAUUUAUAUAUGACAUGUAGCAGCCAGUGCUGGUUAAAGGGAAACUCCAGUGCCAGGAAAACAAUCAAUUUUUUGCAUUGAAAAAUGCAUUGAAAAUGCUUUCCUAUGGGAAAUGAGCGACACUGGAGGUCCUCACACAGCAUGAGGACAUCCAGCGACGAUCUAGCACAGGUUUCCUGUGCUAGGAACCAGGAAGUGCCCUCUAGUGGCUGUCCAGUAGACAGCCACUAGAGGUGGAGUUAACCCUGCAAGGUAAUUAUUGAAGUUUAUAAAAAACUGCAAUAAUUACACUUGCAGGGUUAAGAGUAGUGGGAGUUGGCACCCAGACCACUCCAAUGGGCAGAAGUGGUCUGGGUGCCUGGAGUGACCCUUUAAUGAAUAGACUUCGGUAGAUUCACAAAUUACAAAUUUUAAAAUAAUUCCUAUAAAAAUAACUCAAUACAUACAUGCAGUCUUCACAGCCUUUGCACACAUGCUGUAAUAUUCAUGCUUGCACAUUUAUAUUGACACACUGUAGACUUGCUAUGAACAUGCAUUCAAGUAGAAAUGAACAUGGUGAAAUAGUGUUUUUUUUCUUUCUUCUUUUUUGGUAGAGUGCACUAUGCUGAGACUUGACUGACAGGAGAGACCUAUAUUUGCAAUCUGUUUGUCAUAAACAUGUAGGAUUGGAGGAUUGGAGGAAGGCAGAUGUUGUUCCUAUAUUUUAAAAGGGUUCAAAAUCCUUGCCUGGAAAUUAUAGACCUUUGAGCUUAACUUCUGUAACUGGGAAAAUAUUUGAAGGGCUAUUAAGGGAUAAUAUUCAGGAAUUCAUUGGGAAGAACUUUGUUAUUAGCAAUAAUCAGCAUGGUUUUAUGAAACACAGGUCAUGUCAAACUAACCUAAUUGCAUUCUACAAAGAAGUAAGUAGAAGUAUAGAUCAGGGUGUUGCGGUGGAUGUGAUCUACUUGGAUUUUGCCAAGGCAUUUGAUACGGUUCCUCACAAUAGGUUAGUCUUCAAACUAAAAGAAAUUGGUCUAGAUGAAUAUUCUUGUUCUUGGGUAGAACAUUGGCUUAAGGAUAGAGUACAACGAGUUGUAAUUAAUGGUAAAUUUCAGGCUGGACAAAAGUGGUAAGUGGUGUCCCUCAGGGUUCUGUUUUGGGACCACUUUUAUUUAACAUAUUUAUAAAUGAUCUUGAAAUAGGCAUUGAAAGCCAUGUAUCAGUGUUUGCAGAUGACACAAAACUUUGUAAAGUAAUAAAAUGUGAGCAGGAUAUUGCUUUGCUGCAGAGAGAUUUGGAUAGAUUGGGGGACUGGGCACUAAAAUGGCAGAUUAAAUUUAACAUAGAGAAAUGCAAAGUUAUGCACUUCGGGGUUAAGAAUGCACAAGCAAUUUACACACUAAAUGGUAGUGAAUUAGGGAUAACCACACACGAGAAGGAUUUGGGAAUUGUUAUAGACAACAAAUUAGGCAGCAAUAUGCAAUGUCAAUCUGCAGUUGCUAAGGCCAGUAAGAUUUUGUCAUGUAUAAAUAGGGGCAUAAAUUCUCGGGAUGAAAAUAUAAUUUUGCCUCUUUAUAAAUCGCUGGUAAGACCACACCUUGAAUAUGCUGUGCAAUUUUGGGCGCCUGUUCUAAAGAAGGAUAUCAUGGCACUGGAGAGGGUCCAGAGACAAGCUACAAAAUUGAUAAAAGGAAUGGAGCAUUUUAGUUAUGAAGAAAGGUUAAAAAAAUUAAAUCUGUUUAGUUUGGAAAAACGGCGCCUGAGAGGGGAUAUGAUAACUUUAUACAAAUAUAUUCGGGGCCAGUACAAACCUUUAUCUGGAAAUCUAUUCAUAAACAGGGCUAUACAUAGGACAUGAGAUCACACAUUUAGGCUGGAAGAAAGGAGAUUUCAUCUAAGGCAAAGAAAAGGUUUUUUUACAUUAAGAACAAUAAGGAUAUGGUAUUCUCUGCCUGAAGAGGUGGUUUUGUCAGAGUCCAUACAGAUGUUUAAACUGAAAUUGGAUAAAUACUUACAAAAACACAACAUACAGGGAUAUAAUUUCUAAUUAGUAGGGUAAUAGCUGCUUGAUCCACGGAGACAUCUGAGUGCUAUUUUGGGGUCAAGAAGGAAUUUUUUCCUAGUUUGUGGCAAAAUUGGAAGCACUUCAGACCAGGUUUUUUGCCUUCUUUUGGAUCAACAGCAACAACAUUUGCGAGGAAGGCUGAACUUGAUGGACGCAAGUCUCUUUUCAGCUAUGUAACUAUGUAACUAUGUAAAUAUUUACUAGCAAUUCCAAGUAGAAUAAUAUAUAGAUUUAUAUUCCAUUUUAUGCCUAAGUUUUGUUAUAAAGUCAGUUAAAAAUUAAGAUUUUUCUUGCAUAGGCCCAGAAGAUGUUCACUAAUAUAUUUUAUUGUUUAAUUUGUCAAACUUCAGGUCCUCAGGGUCCACCAGGAGGAAGUCCAGGACUACCAGGACGAGAUGGGCUGACAGGACCUAUUGGUGUCCCAGGAUUGCCAGGUCUAAAGGGAGACAAAGGAGAUAUUGGACCUCCAGGUUAAACAUACUACAUUUUUCUCUCAAAUAAUAUAAUGGGAAAUGUAUUAUGCUUUCAAUCAUUCAAAAUCUGAAUUUACCAUGAUCAUAGCAAUCAGCAGAAUGAAAUGGGCACUCAAAGCCCCAUAACCAAUACAGUUCAUUGAAGUGUCCAUGGUACUAUGAUACUAUGGUCUUUUCUUCUAGAAGAAGAAAAACUACCACAACAAGAGGACAUUGUCUUAAAUAAGAGGGGCAAAGGUUUAAAAAUAUCUGGAUAAUAUCUUCCCGGCACUCAUAAACUUUCUCCUCUACAGCCUCACCCCAGCACUCUUUGCCUAUCUUCUUCGUCCAAGGUUGGACAUUCUGGCAUCUGAUUAAGUAUUUAGAUGGUGAGGAGCAAAACUCCACCAACAGAAUCAGAUUUUACCCGUUAACUCUGUAACCACCAUUUGAUCCGGUGGUCUGUCUGCAUUCAACCUGUAAUGGUAGUCCCCAUAGAGUACACAGAAAUGGAUACAAUACAGAGCUAAUCAUACAAUACUAACAGCUAGGUGUAAUCAGGGAUGGAAUAACAUAGGGGCUGAUGGAGCUGCAGCUCCAGGCACAUGUCCUCAGAUAGGCCCACUGAUUUAAAACAAAAAAAUAUAUAUUUUUUUUACUACUCUUCAAAUGCUCUUGCUUAUGUAUGGAAUCUUAAGAGUGAUGUAGAGGAACAACACUAGUGUGGACUGGCUGACAAUGAAAUUGGUUAAGGUAAAGCUGACUUUGCGCCUUAUGCAAAUACUCUUGCUGCUUCAGUCUCUCUCUGAAACUGUCACAUGUUCCCUUUCUUCUACACUAACUACAUCCACUUGUUUCUGUACUAGACUGUAUAACAGGAGCUUCUGUCUGCUAGUAAGAAAGUAAGCGCGACAAGUGAGUGCGAGGGGACAGUCCUUAAAAACCGUGGAGCAACCACAUCAUUAGACAUAUUUAUGCCAAACUCAGGGUGCCCUUAGUUGGCCAGCUGCAUUAAUUGCCAGGCAGCCUGACAUGCAUUUAUGUCAAGCUGAACUAAUUAUUCGGGCAGACACACACCCUUUGUGGGCAUAUUUGCCCCUUUGAGCGGUUUUGGUAAUGUGUACCACCCGUUUACCCCGCCCACCGAAAUCCUGCUUCACUGGACACUGCUCUUAGGGGGUAUGGAUUUACUUGCAAGCAAGAGAUUAGCAGAAUGUAUGUGUUUUCUUAUAACUAUAUCCAGUGAGUUUCCCUCCGGCACCACCUCCACUAGAGACAUGACACUUGGGAGCUAUGAGUGUUUUAGUGUUUUCUGUGGAUAUUAUUCUGUAAUUUGGCCCAUCAUAACUGUCAGCACCAAGCCCAAUGGGCUCUUAAUCUGUCCCUGGGUAUUAUACAAGUAUAUUCAUACAUUACGGAUAGCUUGGGACAAUGCAAAUAUAGUUAUAUAAAACAUGGUAUUGGGCAAAAUACAAACGUUCUCAUACAAUACACAGAGCUGGACACAAUAUGGAGAUAACCAUGUAAUACAAAGGUAUCUAUAAUAUACACAGAGCUUAGCACAAUAUGGAGAUACCCAAAUAAUGCAUGGGGCUGGGCACAUUAUGGAAAAUCCAAAAAAAUACACAGAGCUGGGCACAGCAGAGAUACUACAUUCAAUACAAACAUACCAUUUCCAGGCCCAAUACUAAAAUGAGCAUAGUAUUACAAACAGCCAUGGGUAACUGAUGAACACACAUAGCUAGGUACAAUAUAGAUUUAACCAUAGAAGGCCUUUAGAAUAUUCUGUCUCUUCCUUUUCUGAUCUCAGUAGUGCCCCAUACUAUGAGGGAGUUGAGUUGUUGCUGGUUCUGUGAAACACAUCCGUUAAUCCUGACUCGCUAUUACCAUUAAUAAUUGAUCUUAUUGACAGCUUAUUUUCUCUUUUAUCACACACAAGGUAUCCCAGCUUUGUUGGAUCUGAAACUACAACAAUUUCUGGACAAGAUAAUUAAUCGAAUAACUAGACUGGAAGGAGGUAAUUUUGUUGAUGCAUUCUUUGACAUUUGAAUAACAUUAUUAAUAUUUCAUAAUUCACAGGUUAGGUAUAUUUUCAAAGAAACAUUUGAGAUUUGAAGGUGUGGAUGGGGAACUGAGGUUUUUGAGAAUGGGUGAAAAGGGGAGAUGGGUGGGUAUAGAAAAGAGGGAGAAGGGGGCAAAUUAUGGGAUGCAUGAGGGGGAUGAAAUGAGGGAGAAUACAACAGAUAAAGCAAAUAAAAAAGUACAAAGCAUUUUAGAAGAGGGGAGUAGGAGUACAUAGGGAAAUGGAGGGACUGGGAGUACAGGCAGUGAGGUAUGUCGAAUAGGUUUUAAUAAAUAGAAAAUGAAUGAGUAUAGACAAGGAUGCUGCAGAGGUUAAAGGCAUUGCCACGCAUGCGCAUUAGUUCUCCCCAGCCGGUGGGUGGGAUCAGUCUUGCCCACCGGCCGACGUAAAGACUGGGAGGAGUGGCAGUGAGAAAAAACCACUGCCGAGGGACAUCGGCGGGGGUUUCAGGUAAGUGACCUGAAAGGGUUUUCACCCCUUCAGCAACCGGGGAUGAUCUGUUUUCCUGGCACUGGAGUUUCCCUUUAAUGGUGACUCUAGGAACAAUAUAUAAGGGGGCACAUAAGAUACCACAGUUAGAAUUGGAGGGCACGUAUACAUUUCACUGUGUAUAUAUAUAUAUACACGCACGCAGCGUGUGUGUUUGUGCUUUAGGGUGCACACCCUUAUGCAAUAGGUUGCGCAAGCAUUUGAUUCCUAAAGUUAUAGUGUUCCUUUAAAACCUUAUAAUACAUUUAUCAUAACUAUACUCUACCUGACCUUUUUAUUCACAAUACUGAGAAAUAGGAAGACUUGGCAAGGGAACUGCAAAAUGCAUUUACUAGUAACAAAUCAUAAAGCAGUCAUAGCAGUAAAUUAACACAUUAUUAUCUGUUUUAGUUCUGCGCUUGGAAGGCAAAAUACUAGAAGUAGGAGAUAAGAUACUGGCAACCAAUGGAAAAGAAGUUGAUUUUGAAACAUCUAAAGCUUCGUGCAAAAAUGUUGGUGGGAAAAUUGUCACUCCACUGAAUGAAGCAGAAAACAAUGCCGUUUUAAAUAUAGUUAAAGAUCGCAACAGAUAUACAUAUUUAGGAAUCAAAGAGGGGCAAACACCGGGAGAAUUCCACUAUUUGGAUGGAACACCAGUAAAUUACACUCACUGGAGAAGAAAUGAACCCAGUGGUAAAGGAAAAGAAAAUUGUGUUGAGAUGUACACCGAUGGGCAAUGGAAUGACAAAGCCUGUAACCAAUAUCGUCUUACCAUUUGCGAGUUUGAAGUAUUGUAGACAUGCAGCUUUUUCCAUACACUUUUCUGCUUAUUAUUGUUUGAUCUGAGCAGUAAAUAUAUAGUUGAAUGUCAAUGUUUUAAAUAUCGAUUCUCAAGACCCUUGGAUAAAAAUGCAUGUGAUAAAUAAAUUAAUUAAUAGUGUUUGUAAUGCUUUGCUCUGAGAAAAUAAAAAGCUGAUGCAUAUAUUGACUGCAGUUUGUUUUAUG